UUGCUGGUGAGAUGCUUCCACGUGCAAAGACUCAGCCUGGCCGCACGCGCACACGUGGGUUUCACGGCCAGCUGCGGAGCUUUCCCUUUGGUUUCUAAUCACAAAGAAGCCUCACACAGCUGCAACAUAUAUAAGUGCUCGUGCUCGCGUGUUCUUUUUUUCUCGAAUGUUCUGGGGGAAGCGUUGUUAGGCUGCAGAUCUGAAGAACAUGGCGGGUACCUGGAGGAUCUGCGUUUGUUUCUAUUGCUGCAUUCACUGGCUUUCCUUUAGCAUCCAGUGCUCCCCCCGCUCCGAGGAUCGCGCAGCACCUGACAAACCCUCCGGGCUCCUGGGAGCUCCUGAGCUCAGCGAGCUCCACCCGCUGCUGCGGCUGCCCCAGGGUGUGAGCCGAGGCUAUGCCCUCCUGCCCCCCCUGCUCAAAGUGCUGUCCGACCAGGGACGUCAGAGCUGGGAAAGCGGGACCCCCAGGCUGCAGCCGGACUCCCGAGCCCUGCGGUACAUGAAGAGGCUGUAUAAGAUGUACGCCACCAAGGAGGGAAUCCCGAAGGCCCACAAGAGCCACCUCUAUAACACUGUUCGACUUUUCACCCCGUGUUCUGAGUGCCAGCACCGCCACAGGGAUCUGGUUACAGGAGACCUUCACUCGGUGGAUUUGCUCUUCAACCUGGAUCGUGUUACUGCUCUCGAGCACUUACUCAAGUCUGUCUUGCUCUACUCAUUUGACACCUCAGUUCCCACUUCUUCCUUUAUGUGCACGUGCCAUUUGUCUGUUAAGGAGCAUGAUUUUUCUAGCCAAGUAUGUCCCAGUGUUUCGCACUCCGUAGCUCUUAGCCUGCACUUUGAAGUUAGAAAGCGCAAGUGGGUUGAGAUUGAUGUGACUUCUUUUCUGCAGCCUCUCAUUGCUACUAACAGGAGGAAUAUUCACAUGGCUGUGAACUUCACUUGUAUUUUGGGUAACCCACAAGAUAACACUAAACAGGAUAAUCUCAUUAAUAUGGCUCUGGUCCCCCCUUCUCUUCUUCUUUACCUAAAUGAUACCAGCGAGCAAGCUUAUCACAGGUGGAACUCACUCAGACACAGAAGGAAAAGCCCGGUGCAGCCCAAGCAAAGGAACAGUCUGUUUGCUGAUGUGACAGGUGAUGAAGGAAGAGAGAAGACGCAGGGUAAAAGGGCGUCUCGGCAUCGAAGGGAAGAGAAUCUGAAGGAAGCUCCAGCAACUCCGCCUCAAAAUUUGAGUGAAUAUUUCAAACAGUUUCUGUUUCCUCAAAACGAGUGUGAGCUUCACAGCUUCCGUUUGAGCUUCAGCCAAUUAAAAUGGGACAAAUGGAUAAUAGCACCGCAUCGAUACAGCCCUCAGUACUGCAAGGGUGACUGUCCCAGGGUGGUCGGGCACCGUUACGGCUCUCCUGUACACACAAUGGUGCAGAACAUCAUAUAUGAGAAAUUGGACUCCUCUGUUCCCAGGCCCUCCUGUGUUCCUGCUGAGUACAGCCCUCUGAGCGUCCUGACCAUAGAGCCUGAUGGCUCCAUAGUCUACAAAGAAUACGAGGACAUGAUAGCUACUAAGUGCACUUGUCGGUAGUGGGUGUACCCUAAGCUGCUUUACACUGAGUUUGGGUGUUUUGCAUUCUCAAGAUAUUUGUAGCAUUUGUGUAAUUCUAACAGCUCUUUCAAACUGAAUAGGAUUUAGCAUGGAAUAAGAGGGUGUUUAUAUAAUAGCACUAUUUUUGUAGCCACUCAGUCUUUCUAGAACGUGAAAAUAAAUGUAGAUAUCUUUUUAUUGGAAUAAUAUUGCAUUUGAACAGAAGUGGUUUCAACUACCAGAUGCCUAUUUUAAGCUGUUUUGUUACAGAUUUAAUAAUAAAUAAAAUGAAUGCUUAUCACUCAUAUCACUUAAAUUCAGUGUCUGCUGGUCUUUCUCUAUAUAAAGAAAUCCUUUGUAAUGAUGCUUCUGCUAAGCUUCUAGGGAAAGAGGAAAAAAGGCUAAUGUUAAAAUUACUUUCUCAGUAUUUCAUUAUUUUUCCUUUCCAAAUUUCCAAUUCCCCCAGCACUUUCCUUGUUGUAGGAAUGUUGCAGAAAAUGCUUAUUGCAGGCUGAGAACUCAAGCUAAGGGAGCUUUGGCUGCAGCUCACACAAAGGACUGCUUUGGUAGGGAUUCUUUAAUGGAAGAAUGCAGUGCUGUUUUGUGGUUUUUUUGUUUUUUGUUUUUUUGUUUGUUUGUUUGUUUUAAUAGCUAAGAAUAGCUUUUAAAACAAUUUGUGAAUGUACUGUUGUAUAAACUCCUCCAUUCUCUACUAGUCUGUAACAUUAGUCAUGACUCUCACAGUUCUACGUUGCUUGGCCUGGGCACGCAGCCUGGGGGGGAAGCACAGAACCCAGAGGGGCUCCGCGUGGCUCACAGCACGCUGGCAGGGCAGCAGGAGAGCUUCAGUGUGAGCCUGAAGGGCGGUGUGGAGCUGCGGUGCUGCCUGCUACAACACAGCCUCUGCUGAUUGCGUUAGCCUGGGGCUGCUACACUAAAAAUAGUGCUUACUUUGGCUCAGUGUGAGGGUACAUUUUACCAAGAGCUCAAGGCAAAAUAGCUCCAUGUCUAACAGGCUCCUGCCCCAGGUCAGCACUGCAUUUGAUUGGGUUAGAAAAGGGUUCCUUGCCUAAGAAGCGUCACUCCCACCAGUCCGUUUCAAACGAUGGGAAUUCAGCUCUGCCAAGCGUUUGUUUGUUUAAAGUGGCCUCCUUUCAAAUUAUCUCUGUGGUUCUUUUCUCAGUGAUAAAUUCUGGCAACAUCUUUUUGUGACUUCUCACAGCAUUUUUGUGGGGAUUGAGGAGAUCGGGUACGCUGUAUUUGAUUCAGCAGAAAUAAGCAUGGAGGUGUAAAACAAAAUUAUUGGGUCUUUAGCACGAGUGUGAAAAAGCUAAUUCAAGAGAAAGCAUCCAGGCUCUUGAAACCGUACUGGGGGCAGCUAAAACACACUCACAGAAACGCGUAACCUCGUAUCAGAAAUCUGCAAUGGAUUCCAGGGCUCCUCCCGUGCGGUGUGACGGCGCAGCCUGCGCUCUGCAGCGGCACAACACCGCGGAUCUCCGGCUGAGGAGGCGCAGAACCGUGAGCACCGCUACCGCCCUCGCAGCCCGCCGCCAGGGCGCGCAGGCCUUUCCCACCCUCAGCAGCUGCACACACGCCCUGCUCCUCUCCUCCCCCCGUCCCUGCAAAGCCAGCAGAAGCUGCAUCGUUAACGGAGCUGAUUAGAGACGUGGGGUUGUUAGAACCGAUGUGCCAGCGGGACGAGCUCCGCAGGCGCCCACAGCCCGGAGGGGAUCGGCGAUCGGCGGGGCCUCACGCAGCGGGGGCGCGCACCUCCAGCGUAACCCUUAGCAACCAAUGGUAACC